UUACCUAAAUAACGCCUCUAUAUCAGAGCCGCUACUUUUGGCGGCACCAAAACCGCAAACUCUCAUCUCAAUCACCAUCUUCCCCCUCCUUUCACAUCUCCUCGUUCAACUCUUACAUACACAUUCAUACAUACAUAUGCAAUAAAACGACCAAACCCCCAUGCUUUGUUUUCCCCCUGUUCUUCCAUAAUCCCAGUUCCUUUUUCCUUUCAUUUCUGAUCGAUGAACAGAGACUUAAACACUUCGUUUUCCAGUUCUAAUCUCUUAUGCCAAGAAACCCAACAAGAGCAAGAAGCUUGUUUUUCUGAAACAGCAAAAGAAUCCCAUCAUUACAAAUCACCAUGUUCAGACAAUGAAGACGAUGAUGAAUACAUUGAGAACUUGGUUCAAAGAGAAACAACUACCGAUGAUCUAUUCACCACUAAAACUUGGCUGAAAUCUGCUCGUUUUGAUGCUAUUCAAUGGAUUUUCAAUACAAGAGAAACCUUCGGAUUCCAAGUUCAUACAGCGUAUUUAUCUGUUACUUACUUUGAUCGGUUCAUUGCAACAAGAUCCAUUGAUGAAGGGAAGAUGUGGGCUAUUCCAUUGUUGUCAAUUGCAUGUUUAUCAUUAGCAGCCAAAAUGGAAGAACCCAAAGUACCAUUUUUAUCAGAGUUUCAUACAAAAGAUUAUCAAUUCGAAAACAAAGUGAUUCAAAGGAUGGAAUUAAUGGUGCUCACCACAUUGGGAUGGAAGAUGAGUUCUGCAACACCUUUCUGCUAUUUGCAUUACUUCAUCAGAAAAUUUCAUGGUGAAUUUGAGACUAAAGGAUUAAUUUGCAAAGCUAUUGAAUUUAUUAUAGCUAUCAUCAAAGAAAUGAGUUUGGUGGAUUGUAGACCGUCGAUUAUUGCUGCAGCUGCAGUGUUAGCUGCUUUGAACGGUGGUUUAACAAGGAAAGCAAUGGAGGACAAGAUUGGUUGCAUUUCAUUGUGGGGAUCUUUACAAAGUGAACAUAUAUUUUCAUGCUAUAAUAUGGUGGUGGAAAUAGAGAUGAGAAAAUGUAAGACCCCAAAGUUUGCAAUUUCCCCAAAAUAUUGGUCAGUUGGUGAUGUAAUUGGUGAAGUUUUUUGUUCAGAUGCCAGUGAUGGAGGAGGUGGUGGUGACAUUAAGAGGAAACUUACAUUCAAUCACUCCUCUGAUCAAAAUAGCCUGUCAAAGAAAAUAUGUCGGCCAUAAUGGAAAUUGGGUAGUUUUAUUUUUAUUUUUAGUGAUAAGAUUUAGGGUUUGUACAAUUCGAUUGAUUUGUUUCAAUUAGAUUUCCCAUAUCAUGAUUUGGUGUCCUUUUUAGUGUGUGUUUGGGAAAUUACCAAUUUCCAAUUACAAAAAAAGUAAAAUAUAAAUAUAUAGGAUAGUUUUAGGAGGUUUUUUCUUUAAAUAAGAUUUUGAGUUGUGAAUGGAUAAAGCGGUGUUAGAAAAAAUUUGUGUUUUAUUUUGAACUCUAAUCUGAUUCAAUUUCGGUAUUUAAUUGACUAGAUGUCGAAAGACUGAUUUGUUUGUAC